AUGCUAACUUCAUUAUGCCAUUUUCUUAAUGACCAUGAAGAACUCCCUGCUAGAAAGAGAAAACUGAGUGAUGUUGACAUGCAUCCACACAUAAAGUCUCUAUUAGCCACAUCCCUUGGUGAGGUUGUCACUCUGCUUGUUGGGGACGACCCUGAGAGCAAGGAUUCAAAAUUCUUUGUCCACAAAAAUAUUCUGUGCGCAGAAUUGCAAGGCACGGAAGGGAGUAUCAUACGCCUGCCAGAAGAGCAACCCGAAGUUAUCAGAACUUUUGUACACUUGAUAUACGUUGACCAAUACAUCUGUUUGUCACUUGCGACUUGGACACUCAAGAACCAGCGGAUCGACCAGUGGAGGUAUUGGUGA